UCCUCCUCCUCCUCCUCCGGACCAGCUCUAGUCCACAUUACCCUUCAGUCUGACCCACAGACCCGCUCCUUCAGCCGGACCACAUCAUUGGAUCUCAGGCUCGGUUCUAAACCUCAGUCAUCAUGUCUUCAGUGGAGCAGAAACUCAUGACCUCCAUGGCCGGCGGUGCCCCAGAACCUCCCAGAAACAAGGUGACGGUGGUCGGCGUGGGCCAGGUAGGCAUGGCCUGCGCUGUCAGCAUCCUGCUAAGGGACCUGUGUGAUGAGAUGGCUUUGGUUGAUGUGAUGGAGGACCGCCUGAAAGGAGAGAUGAUGGAUCUGCAGCAUGGCAGCCUCUUUCUGAAGACCUCCAAGAUCGUUGCAGACAAAGACUAUGCUGUUACUGCCAACUCUCGUCUGGUCGUGGUGACGGCUGGUGUUCGCCAGCAGGAGGGCGAGAGCCGCCUCAACCUGGUGCAAAGAAACGUCAACGUCUUCAAGUGCAUCAUCCCACAGAUCAUGAAGUACAGCCCCAACUGUACCAUCAUUGUGGUGUCCAACCCUGUUGAUAUUCUGACCUAUGUAACUUGGAAACUGAGCGGCCUGCCCAAGCACCGUGUAAUUGGCAGCGGCACCAACCUGGACUCAGCUCGGUUCCGGUACCUGAUGGCCGAACGCGUCGGCAUCCACGCAAGCUCCUUCAAUGGCUGGGUUCUGGGCGAGCAUGGGGACACCAGCGUGCCUGUGUGGAGUGGAGCUAACGUGGCAGGAGUCAAUCUGCAGAAACUGAACCCAGCGAUUGGCACCGAUGCUGAUAAGGAGCAGUGGAAACAAGUACACAAGGCUGUGGUGGACAGUGCUUAUGAAGUGAUCAAGCUGAAGGGUUACACCAACUGGGCCAUCGGACUGAGCGUGGCCGACCUGWCGGAGAGUAUUGUGAAGAACCUGAGUCGUGUCCACCCCGUCUCCACCAUGGUCAAGGACAUGUAUGGUAUCUCCGAGGAGGUCUUCCUGUCUCUGCCAUGUGUCCUGAACAGUAACGGCGUGUGCAGCGUGGUCAACGUGACCCUCACCGACGAUGAGGUGUCCCAGCUGAAGAAGAGUGCGGACACACUGUGGGGGAUCCAGAAGGGCCUGAAGGACCUGUGAACACACGGUCCCAUCGCCCCUGUCUUUUUCUACUCUUCUCUCUGACUCUUCAGGUCUUACUAUAAGAUGAUAUGAGUGUGUUUUGUCAGUUGGUCACCGAUAUGAUCCUAGAGUAAGACCGUGUGCCUCCCAACAUUUUGUACCCGUUAGAUCCAGCUGGUUAGCUGUAGGUUUCUGAUUUUUCUCUGCCUGAGGAAAGCAUCAUGUUUGUUCUAAAAGAAGUCUGAAAUGUAAUAAGUCAUGUUUGACCUUUGACCCCAUCUAUAACUUUACCACCUGUCCAGUGAAGUGUGACAUGAGUCCAUCAUGAUUGUCAGCUGUUAGUUCAAUUGAUGUGUGACUUUAAUAAACGUGAUCAGAAAGAA